AUGACGGAGUAUAACAGAGGGAAGGCUCAUCGCGUCUCUACCACUACUGUCGACCAAGGCCAUGGAGAUGUCGCCUCGAUCAAUCCUACAGGCAACGAGUGCGCGAAACCUGAAGCCGUUCCGCGUCAGCAAGAGACCCCGCGGCCUUCUUUGGCAGACUCGAAUGCAUCGUGCAGUGGCAGACCCCGAAGCUCAUCAGAGCAUGGGAACCAGCUAUCCCCCGACGCCCUACCAGCUACGGUUGUCCCCGUCCAGCCUAGCAUCAUCCCCGAUGCUAUGAUGCCAGAUAGCUUAGCCCUCCCAGAAGUUGGGGACAUGGGGCGGUCUUCUCGCAACUCGCCAGAGCCACCACACACCGACCUGGAGGGCCAUUACGUCGGGCCAGCUUCUGGCGUCUCCUUUUUGUCACGCGCUUUGAAGAAGCUCCGCGACAGUAGGCACUCGGCAUCGACAUCGCUCCCUUCGAUAUUCAAUUUUGCCGAUGCGCCGACGCCCCAGUUUGAUCCUCACUUCCUCAUCUUACCCGACAAGAGUGAAGCCAAGCGAUUGAUCAGAUACUACUUUGAAUUUGCUUCCCCAACCCAUCGAUAUCUACACCAGCCUACAGUAGAUAUAUGGUGCGACGAGUUCUAUGAUAGCAUUCAGAACCACGGACCGCUGGAGGCUGGGGCUCACGAAAAACGAGCCAUAAUACUCGCGCUUCUUGCUGUAGCUAAACAAUUUAGCCCACGCAGCGAAAGUUCCGAGUCAACUUCGCAAGACUACAUCGAUAGCCGCGGUGUAUCGCGUGACUACGCUGACGAGUGUAGUGCCAUCUUCUUCGCCGCUUCAGAUCAUCAUCUCCGACAAGAGUCCGGAGGCAUUCGUCUUACGAGCAUUCAAGCGCGGCUGGUCCUGUGCUUUUUACUGCUGGCGCAGUCUCGCGUCAACAGUGCUUGGAGUCUGUUUGGGACUGUUGCAAACCUGGUGCUCGCCAUCGGCCUGCACCGGCGCAAAAAGCGCGAAGGGAACGGUGGCACCGACCUCAUCGAGCACGAGUGUAGGAAGCGAGCAUUUUGGAGCGCCUACAUCCUUGAUAACUAUCUUAGUGCUGGACUCGGGCGCCCGCGGAGUUUCCAUGAGGAAGACCUCGACCAGGAACUACCUUUGUGCGUUGAUGAUUGGCAAAUAACCCCCUUGAAAAUCCUCUCAAAUGACGAGGGCGGACAAAGUCUUACCCAAGCAUCGAUUUCUCACGCAAAGCAUAUGGCUGAUGAUUCCCCUCGUUCAAGGCUGCUGAAAAUAGUGAGCGGAAUUCUCCGUGAUCUCUAUGGUCUGAAACGAUUACACCCGGACAAACAGGAGCAGACCCUAACCCUGUAUGACACUCAGUUGACAGAGUGGCGUUGUGAGAUCGGCCCUUUUCUUGAUAUUACAACCCCUAAAAUCCUGUUGCCAAUCUUUCGACGACAGCACACUGUUUUACACAUGGCUCACUCGCACGCUGUCAUCAUGCUCCAUCGGCAGGCAUUGCUAACAAAGCCGUCUGCCUUGAGUUUGCGGCAGGAUAACACAGUCCAGGGGGCUUUGCCAUACGGUGUCCGGAGGUGCUUGGACGCAGCAGCCGUGAUUGUUGCAAAGCUGAGAGAGCUAGUCAAACAGCAGCAGAUGUGUAACGCGUUCUGGUUUACCCAUUACUACGUAUUCUCUGCGCUUGUUGCUCUUUAUCUUCAUGUCGUACAGAGUCGGUCAAAAGCUACUCAUACAUGGGAGUCGUACUUGGAUCUUGCGCAGCAAGGCUUCAGGGACCUGAAAACCUGCGCUGCUGACAUGUCAUAUGCCCAAAGGUAUGUCGUGGUGCUGACUGAGCUCCAGAAUGAGGCAACGAAGCCACUCGAAGAGCACACUCGACCAGCCGCAGUAUUACAAGGUGUACAACUCGUUGCUGGGCAACAACCUGCUGUAUCUGGUGCUAUUCUCAAUAACAUAGAGCAGGCCGCGGCCACACAUGGUAUUUUAGGGACCGAUGAUAUCACGUCCCAGGAGUUUCCCCCACUAAGUGGCCUCGGCCUGGAUGCCCCCCAACAAUUCACAUUCCCAGAUCCUCCUAAUAUUUACAACGGCGUUAGUGACCCGUCGACUACACUUGUUCUUGAGAACCAAGAUGAUUUCAAUAGCCUUGAGCUAGAAGGACUGGCCGAUUUGGCCUUCAUGUUUCUCGCAGAAGAAAAUCGCUUUUAA